AUGAGUAAAUUUGUGACGUUCGAUUGUGCUGGAAAAAUUAAUUCAAAUGACACUAACCUGACAAAAACUGCAGGACUGAUGAAGGAACAGCUGGACCGCUGCAAAGAAUUACAAGUUAUUGACGACCGGGUGCUGCUCUUCGAUCACGAGCUUCCCGGGGCGAUUGCGAUCCUGCACCUGCAGCCUCUAAUAGAAUGCGUAGAGAUGAACCUGCGGAUUUUAACGCGCUACGAGAAGUACAACCCGCGUAUCCUAGAAACAAAUUCCCCGGAAAACUUAUACCAGCUCCGUAAGUCAGUGUGCGAUUUUCUGACCUACACAAUGAAAUUUAUCAGCAGUGUAGACAAUGCGUGGUUCAAUGAAGAAAUCUCCCAAUUCCUAGACCUGCAAGACAUCGACCGGAUCUUGCAGGUCUUAAAAACGUUCAUCAGCAGACUAAGAACCCGAGUUCCAGCUGCUAUCUUCCACUACGCAGUCUCCAACAUCGGGAACAAGUGCUCCCAACCAGAGUUCCACCUGUACCACAUGCACCUGGAGCUGCGCUGGCUCUUAAUACUAUUCACCUACGUGCGAGCGAGCAAGUUCACUGUAGCAGAAAUGAUGAACGACUUGAGCAAAACAUUGGAGCUGGUGAUCGACGACCUGAUCUACAUAUCCUUAAAGAUUUUCGAGAGACACUCCGGGGACCUGAGACUAAAGACUCCGUACAGCUGUUCCUGUGCUAGAGAGCUGUGGCUGAUGAUCCAGGUCAUCAUCGAGGACUGUGACCAGGUCGAGGUCAGCUUCUGGGAGUACGUGAACUGCGCGUUGGACAAAAUCACCCCUACAGCAAAGAGCGAGCUGUUCAGCGUAUGGCUGAUUUACCACCUGGGGAUCCUCCAGGGGUACAGCACCGACGGGGUCUUCCAAGGUAGCAGCAGCGAGAGGAUCAAGGAUAAUUACACCAAAAUUGAACGAAUCCUUCGAGGGUUUUCCCGGCACCCUGGAGACGUCGACGAGGAGCUGAAGCUGCUGAUCCCGCUGGUGAAGAAGCUGACCACUGAAUGGUGGGAGUUUAGAAUCAUAAUAAUAAACCAUCUCUGGGAGUACUUCCCCCGGAGACUGGAGCACCCGUACCUGACCUCCCAGGGCCUGUGGUCGCUCUCGAUGGACAGAAAGACUCCUCAAGAGUUGCUGAAGCAGGUCAAGGAGAGAAUUGACGGCAAGGAUGCUGAGUCCAGCUACGGGAUGUUCCUUAACUUCCUGGGCUGCGUCCUCAAGCGCCAGGAUGGAACUUCUGGUAAGAAGAACUACUGGUACCAGAUCAAGGGCCGGAUAUGCUCCAAGUUCAACAAGUUCAAGGUCCAGGAGUUCAACGAAGCAGCGCUGCUUAACUUCAUUUCUCUCUUCUUAACUCUGGGUGUCACUGCUGAUGUUGCUGAUGUUUGCACGGUGAUGCUGAAUCUGCUGCCACCUGUCUUGCAGCCGGACAAUAAUUCCAAGAGGACUAUCCUGAGCUGGAAAGGACAGCUGUGUGCUCUGCUUCUGUACAGGGAGAAUGAUUUGAGCUUACAGCCAAUUGCUGACAGGUUUGUUGAGAUGGUUAACGUUAUCUGUUGCCGACAGGACGAAUUUGGUAGGUCGAUGAUGUCUACCUUCAUCGACACCUUGGGUACUUUGGUGGUGGGUAGAGGAGAUGAGCAUCUCUUGAUCAGUGGGUGGAUCGACAGGUAUCUAAGAGAGUGUCCCAAAAGCAAGAUUCCAGUUUUGCUGAAGCUGGUCUUGGAGAUGCUGAACAAGGACAGCCGAGAUGUCCUGGCUACUUUGAUGGUCAAUGUUGUUGGGUGUCUUCGCACAAUGGUAUUCUCUGGGGAUUACUAUGAAGACCUUCCGAAGCUGGCUGUUGAGUUCACUGUCCAGGCGGCUAGGUACAAAGACGUUGCUGAAGCUAAUCGGCAAGAAGCUUCUUCGCUUUUUGUUCACUUUACCUCGACGUUAAAGGUCAAAGACGCGAGGAUUAUCAAGAAUUAUCUGACUGGAGUCCUGGGGCACAGUGAGCUGGAAGGUAUCAGGGGGAUCAAGAAUUUUAAUUUGAUUGUCAUCCAGGCCUGGUUCAAGUGCUGCAUUCAUGGGUUGGAUUCUUCGGGAGAGAUGGAAGAAAUUAAACGCUGCGUGGUUCAAUUUGAUGAAAUUCGCCAGCUGUUUACUCAGCAAGAAAGGGAGAAGUUUAUUAAAGAAUCUGAGUCGUUGAUUUCCUGGGCUAUGGCGUUGAAUAACAGACGGAGGACUGCACAAGAUACAGCUUUGGAUGUCAGGACUAGGUCUGUGCUGAUGAAUCUUGAUAAGUGGGUCUUAGGGCCAAUAAGACCUGAAACUCAGGACAGCGAAUUGGCUUGGUGGAUCUACAGGUGUUUUGGCACGAUAUUUCUCUGCUGCGGCGCGAUGAUGCACACCAAAACUCAUGCUAGCAUGCUGCUUAAUUACAUCAACAAGUUUGUGCUGAUUAAGAAUAAUGAAGAUUCUUACCUGAGACACCUGAGCAAGAAGAUAUUCUCCAUGGUCAUCUUGGGGUUGGAGUCUGCUAAUGCUAAGAAUGAUGUUACUUUGAUCAAUUUAGUAUCAGAUCUGCUUCAGGCGUACCUUCCGCUUCUUGUUACUGAGUCCGGAGACGGAUUUCGGGUCGCGGAAUCACUCACCAGGUGCUUCACAGACACCGCUAGUGAUUUUUCGGUUUUUAUUGUGGAAAAACUAGCGGUGUUUCUUAAAAUUUCUCAAGAUAAUUCAAUGCACAAACACGGGUAUCUGGUGAUGGCGCUGAUUAAUCAUCUGCUAGAUGUUUCUGUCGCUCAGAAUAAAAAGUAUAUUGCUGAGUCGAUUGUUUUAAAGUGCUCGGGAAAUAUUGUCGAGGCUUAUAUAAGGACUCAUGAACAUCAUCCUCAUAAGCAACAAACGGCUAAAUUUAUCAAUUAUGUCUGCGGGAAUAAUUAUUUCAAAAGUGAUUUUAAAUUGAGAGAAAAAUUAGCAAAUAUUAUUGCUUCAACUUUGAUUAAUUAUUUACCAUCAAAUUCGCAACCUACUUGGGAACUUUUACAAUCAAUAAACACACGAGAAUUGUCAAAAAUAAUAAUCACACAAGUACAACAAGGUAUCAUUAAAUUACAACGAGGAUACCAUCACCCGCAAAAUGCAAAAUCACUCAGAGAUCUAUCGAGUAAACUCACAGAACACGUGAAAAAAUUAAAUUAG